CGUUUCAAAUGAUGCACAACCUUCAUUGAUAACUAAAAAUAGCCGUGUCGCUUCCAAAACCAACAGCCAACGAAUCACUGCAUCGUCGUACCCCCGUUUCAAAUGAUGCACAACUCAGCACAAUGACAGGGAGCAGAAUGCUUCUAGUAGGCGCGCGCGUCUGAGGAGCGACAAAAGAGACUCUGCCUAGCAAUCCGCCGAAACAUCCCUCCGAUGCUUUGGCGGCUGCAGAGGGUAAGGCGCGGCCUCGUGAUCCGCCCCUCGCCGAUCUCUUGUUUAAUCAGGGAGGUAGUGGGUGAAGAAGCCUGUCAGCGCAGAAAAGGCGGGGGCCGCCGCAUCUCGAGCCAGCCAGCGUACAGUUCGUACAAAUCCCACCAUCCAAGACAGCAGCAAAGACCAGUGCGGCAUCGUCACCGAAUAAGAAUACAAUGGCAAACUUGUCGGAUUUCCAGGUUCUGUCGUUUGACGUCUACGGCACUCUGAUCGACUGGGAACGCGGCAUGUUAGCUGCUCUACAGCCCCUCCUAGAAGCCAAUGACGCAACUUCUUCCCACUCCCGUCAGCAACUUCUGGAGGGAAUCCACGAGCUGGAGCGUGAACAGCAAGCGAAAACCCCUGGCAUGCGAUACUCAGAAGUGCUCACGGCAAUCCACCCUCUCACCGCUGCCAGAUUUGGAUUUGCCGAGCCCACGGCGGACGAAUCUGUGGCGUUUGGGGCUUCGGUCGGCCAAUGGCCCGCAUUCCCAGAUACCGUCGAAGCACUCCGUCGGCUCUCCAAGCAUUACAAGCUGGUUGUUCUGUCGAACGUGGACCGCGAGUCCUUCGCGGUAACCAACGCCGGCCCUCUCCAGGGGUUUACGUUCGACAUGGUCAUCACGGCUCAGGAUGUCGGCUCCUACAAACCAGACCCCCGGAAUUUCGAGUACAUGAUCGCGCAGGUGAAGGACAAGUUCGGAGCAGACAAGCAUCACAUUCUCCAGACUGCGCAAAGCCAAUUCCACGACCACCACCCGGCCGGUGCGAUGGGAAUCAAAUCGUGCUGGAUUGUACGCCCUGGAGCAGUGAUGGGCGAUCGGGACGGCGAGAUCUACGACUGGAGAUUUGACACCUUGGGCGAGAUGGCAGAUGCACUGGAGACCGAAUUGGCGGUGGCUAGGGGGUGCUAGGGGAACUGGUUAGCCAUUAACCUGUAACCAGCUGCUGUCGUUGAGAAUCGGUCUUUUCUUGUGAUAGUUGCUAUUAUUAUUAUGUUCAUUUCGGU